GUAAAAUAUCACAAAAGUAGAAACAUCAAUCAUCAACCAUAUUUAAUUUUAAAUCGCACGUUUCACACUUAGACCAUAGAUAGUUUCACAAUAGAGAUUAGAGAAAGUUUCUCUAAUUGUUUCACAACGAGUGAAUAUCCCCGAGCGAAAAAGUGAUGUCAAAUCCAAUGUAUUCUACACUCGUUAUGUUUGUAAACAAAUAACAUGGUUACAGAAAGCAGACGAAAGUAUUUUAUAUAAAUUUAGAAUGGCAUCGCAUUCAUCAGGGAAGGUGGAGACAGACGACUCGCACGACUCCUUCCGUCGCCAAGGUUCGUUCCGGAAAGUGCUGUCAUCUCUGCCGAGCGCCGACUCUCAGCUCAGCAUGUCUGCGAAGAUGAUCGACCGGCCGGCUGUGUCCGCUCGCGUUGUCCAGAAGACUUACGGCCAGUAUCAGCAAGAGUACAGUCUUCUGUCCGAGUAUAAUUUACUACGAAAGCAGGAGCUCCCAGGAAUCUAUGUUAUUUCAUCUGCACAUAGUUCACUGUUAUGGUUUGGCGUGCUGUUUGUACGCCAAGGACUGUUCCAAGGAGCCGUGUUUCGCUUCAACAUCCACAUCUCGGAAACAUUUCCCGAUGGGAAUUGCCCUCACGUGGUGUUCCAGUCCAAGGUAUUCCACCCGCUGGUCAGCCCUGACACGGGCGAGAUGGACUUGAAGAGUGGAUUCCCGGAGUGGCGCAAGAACGGUAACCACCUGUGGCAGGUGGUGCAGUACGUACGUCGAGCAUUUUACAAGAUCGAGACAAAGUCUGCGAUCAACAAGGAGGCUGUCGCACUAUACGAAGAGGACAAGGAAUUGUUUCGUGAGAAGGUUCGUGACUGCGUCAAAGAAAGUCAGGAGCGAGUGUACGACCCACCAGCGAUUGACGACCCCCAUUACAUCAGUUUUGAUCCUUAUGUUGAGGAGCUGCAUGGUCCCAUCAGGGAAGCCAUGUUCAGGCCAAAGGAGAGUGACGAGCCCGCAUCGUUGGGGCUGUCCUGGGUACAGCACGGAUCUCUUCAGCCGUUCUCCAAGCUCAGUUCCUGACGGCAAGCAGUUAUUAACUGAGCGCCAUCAUAAACUUCCCCGGACACAUGUGACUUGCGCACAGAGUGGUUUUUGAAUGUGUGAAAAGUACUGGGAGUCGUGUGCAUGCCUUACAUUAUUGGCAGCACUCACGAUUUGAGCUGAACAUCAGGCCUCAAACAUGUUAUGAAAGAACGAAGUGUCAAAAAAUAUAAUUGUACAUAAAAACUAUUGGUCGACAUGCCAAAAAAAUUAAGAUAAUAUUUACACAGAAUGGAUUAAGUAUUAACAAGUACACUAAAGUAUGUCAUUCUGCAACUGUCUACAGUAGUAUUUGAUGAUGUACAAUGAUUUAAUGAGAUGUAUCCACAGUGUAAAAAAUUGUUCCUAAAGUAAACUAAAGGUCCUCGACAGGGUCAGAUUGAUGUGAAGGCAGUCAUAAAAAUACGAGAAUCCAUUUCUCCCAAUUUUUUUUUAACUUAUAUUCUCCUGCAAAACACUAUUUUGUUAAAAUAUUUUCGUUAUAUAAAUGAAAAAAAAAACACGAAGUUUAAUGUUCAUAUUUUUAUAAAAUUAAAAUUUAAAAGUAUAUUGAUACAUAAAAAAAAUGUUUGUUUAAUCUUCAAACAACAACAUGGGUAAAAUAGUUAUAUUCUGUAAGCUAAAAUUCUUCUGGAUCAAAUUCAGCAACUGAGGUACUGGCACUAUUAUUCUAACUACUGUAAAUUUGUGAAGAAAUCUGUUUUAACAUGUCUUCAGGGUUACUUAAUGUGUGGCGUUUGCCAUAGACUAUCUGAUGAAUUUGCACAAGUAAUAUCAAUAGAAUUCAAGUUUUUUUGAAACAAUUUUUGAAUUUAUAAUAAGUUUGUCAAAAAGAGAAAAA